AUGACAAUCAUAGAAGAAUUACAAUUAUUGCUGGUAGAAAUUAAAUCAUUUAAAACUAAUAUUUUAAAGGAUAAUAAAGAAAGAAGGAAAAAUUUAGAAUCCACUCAAAAACGUUUGAAUGAAUUAAAUAAAUUUAGAGUUAGGUUAGAAUCAUUAAAUAUAGAAUUAAAGAGGGAUACAUCAAAUGUUGAUAAAAUUGAAGACAUUAAAUAUUAUAGUUCAGGGAUAGAUAAUAUAGUUCUAGAAAUUCAGGGUAUUUUAGAUGAUAGGUUAACUAUAAAUAGUGAAGCUUUAGAAAUAAGUAUGGGGGAAAAUUUUGAUCUAAAAACAGCAGGUAGUUUACUUCCAUUAAUGGAUGGAAAAGAGGAAACUACAAAACAAUUAAUAGAUUCAAUUGAAUUAUAUUCUGAAUUGUUAAAUGCAGAUGGUAAAAAACUUUUAAUUAAUUAUGUUUUAAAAACCAGACUAUCUGGCAAUGCUAAAGUAAGGUUAAAUAAAAAGUAUGAUACCGUUGAAACGCUUGUAAGAGAUAUAAGAGAAAAUUUUACAACUCGAAAAUCUGCCACUACUCUGUCCAAUCAACUCCAUAAUUCCCUUCAACAGAGUAAAACAGUUGAUGAUUUUGGUAGGGACAUUGAACAGUUACUUACUGAUUUAACUUUUGCACAAGCGGGUGAUGAUGAAAAUUUACUAAGUUCGUUACGCAUUGUUAAUGAAAAACUCGCGAUAAAUUCAUUUUGUAAUGGGUUGAAAAAUCAUGAAUUAAGAACAAUCCUUAAAGCACGAAAUUGUAAAACCCUAAAAGAUGCAAUUAACGUUGCACUAGAUGAGGAAAUAAAUAAACCCUCGUCAUCUACUGUUUUUCAAAUGAAUGGUAGAGGUAAUCAAAUCAGAAGAACAAAUUUUCGGAAUUCUAGACCAUUUAACGGGUACAACCGAAACAAUCGAGGAAAUAAUAAUUGUGUUCCUCAUAACAAUAAUCGCGGAUUUAAUAAUUUCAAUAGCCACAAUAACAACCGAGGUAAUUAUGCUGAAUUUAGAAAUAACGAUCGUGGUAGUCAGAGAGGAUCAUAUCGCAGUCGCGGUAACUUUCGAGGUCAUAGAGGAAUCUCAGGUUCUUUUCGUAGAAAUCGCAUAGAAAAGUAA